GAAGAUAAUAGAUGGUUGAUAGUAAUAGUAGUGCUUUUAGUGGUUGGACAGGUAGUUUUGCAGGUUCUAAAUGCUAAUAGUAAAUCAACGAGGCGUACAACAGCAAUACAUGGCAUACCUAUAUAUACUAUUAUGAAAAACUAUGAAAAAGUUGACGUUAGCCUUAAAUAUAGGAUUGAGAGGCGAGGUUUAGGUAGGUUUGUUAGGCUGUUAUGUUGCAACAGGUAUGUGCUUCAAUGAUAGUCUCAGUGCUGGUGCUUAUACUUGUCGGGCAUUUUAAUGUAGUUAUUGCUUUGGGCUGUCAUACAACUGGGGGAUCAACUACUCAAGCAAGAGGUUAAGGCUUAGACAUAGGUUAAGCUUCUCUUAGUUGUUUUUGUGCAGUUAUGGCGCACUUUUCUAGUGUCGUUCCUCUAUCUCUCUCCAUAUAAGACUCGAGAGUCCAAAAACAGUGAUACCUCGAGUCGACUCUAUUUCUAACCAUAAUUUAAAUCUCUGGUUGUGUAUGUGUUUGUGUUGUGUAUUUCCAUCGGGCAAAUGGCAACUACAAGAUAUCUGGUGGUGGUUUAUGUUGUAACAGCCGGUCUUCAUGACGAUGAUCUUGGAUCAGAUGAAGAAGAGACAGUACUAUUUUCUUGGGUGGUGGUUGACAUUACUAACAACAAAGUGGUUCAUCUAAACCAUCAUGUGGUCAAACCUCGUACCGCUGAUGUCAAUGAAAAUAUACUGUCAGAAGUGGCCCGUAAUAGAUAUGGUCUGACUGAAGAACAAAUCAAAAAUGGACAGCCAUUGGAAAAUGUGUUGGAACAGUUGGAUCAAUUUGUUAAAACUAAAUUGUCAAGUGAGACAGGUCGCUCAUUUCAACUCAUUAUUGAUGGACAGUUGCAUCUGAGACAAGUGCUUCAUCCGGAGGCCUCUAACAAAGGCAUACCAUUACCUGAAUAUUUCAAUACUUUUUACGAUUUACGCAAAGAGUUUAGAGUUUUACAAAAACAAUGACAUCCACACCAUUGAAGACAUCAUCAAUUAUUUAUGUAUUGAAGGCGACGCUUCAGCUGACUGUGCGAUACAAAAGGUGCAGAAUAUGGCAA